AUGUUAGACCGAGGUGCUCCAACUAACGUUGUUGUCGUCAACCUCCGGCCCGGUUCGCAACGCAUCACAUGGAACCACACUGCUAUGCACAGUCGUUGUAGUCCCAUGUAUAUGGUUCGGUACAGACCGUCAGCUGCAUCCAGUGGAAGCUGGUCCACCGUGAAAACAACUGAACCGACGUUCACUCUGUCCGGAUUAGCUGAGUUUACAGAGUAUGCCUACAGUGUGGAAGUGAUGGACCAGCCUGGAUCAGUUCAUGGUACACCCACCACCGAGGUAGUUCUGCGCACCAUGGCGUCGAAGCCCAAUUCUCCGUUCAAUUUGACUUCGAUGAAUGUCAGUGCCACUCGACUCCAUUUGUCCUGGUGUGACUCAGAGGUGACAGAAGGUUUCCAUGUUACUCAAUAUGUGAUCACUCUGCUAAACAAUUUUGGUGCCACAACAUAUAUCCUCCCAAGUAAUCCUGGAGUCGACACUUCCUUGGAAGCUGAACUUCCAGUUGAUUCAUGCACGGAAUAUAUGGUGUAUGUGCAAUCUGUGGACGAAGCGUACAACUUAACAAGCAACCCAUCCGAACCAAUAUUGGUUCAUUCACUCGCGCCAGAACCCGCGGAGCCAAAUUUCGUUGAACUGCACAACACUGGCGUCGGCACACAGAGGCUCAUUUGGGAUGGUCCCCAGCUUCUUCAUGCGUGUAGACAUUACUAUUUAGUAGAAUACCAGCCCAUCGGUCAGAAUACAACGCAGACACUACGUACACCUAUAACGCAGCACGAGUAUACAUUCACCGGCUUGACAGAUUGCACUGUUUACGCGUAUUCUGUGCGUGUUGAAUCCAACCCCGGUUCCAUAUUGGGGCGUCCAUUUCCAAAACAGCUACUGAAGACACCGACUCCAACCUCCACAAUACAUAAACGCCAAUUUCAUCUACGCCAUUCCACCAUUAUUGGAAAAAUGGCACCUCUAGAGAACACCGUUGGUGACUUUUGGCGAAUGGUUAUAGAACAAAAUACUGCCAUCAUUAUUAUGCUAACCGGUUUAAUGGAAGCGGGUAGAGAAAAAUGCGCCAGGUAUUGGCCUGCCACACAAGGUGAGACCGCAGUGUACACAUCAGGCGCGGAUGAGCUAAUUGUUACCCUUACCAAUGAAGUGGUAACACCUGCAUACAUCAACCGCACUUUGAACUUGACGCUGUGGCAAUCGCAUCGUUGCGAAAUCACCCAGCCGGCAAAUACACUCGAAAUAACGCAAUUGCAUAUGUCGUCGUGGCCAGAUUUUGGAGUUCCAAGCAUGGCAGAUUUUCACAGUCUUCUGCUGGUCCACCAGCAUUUGGCGCUACAACAAAACUCACCGUGUUUGAUCCACUGCAGCGCAGGGAUCGGACGAACCGGGACAUUCAUCGUGGCUUGCCUGCUUUUGCAACACCUAAAGAACCCGGAUUGCUACAUCGAUCUUGCUGGAACAGUGAGGCAACUGCGAAUGUGCCGCAUGCGAAUGGUACAAAAGCCGGAACAGUAUAGAUUCCUGCAUCAGUACUUGAAGGCCAUUUUGGAUGAGAAAAUUACGGUAUAACGCUUGGGGCUCAAAUGAUACAGUGAAGUUCGAAUUUGCAACCACCGGCCGGUCAAUAUUUCUUGUCUUUCGGAUUGCGGCUUACACAACUAAAGACAGCAUUGAUACUUCACGUUCUAUGAUUCACUUCCCGGUCUGUAUCAUUCCACUGCGCUUCUGUGAUUUACAAGCGAAAUUUUCUGAC